GUGAUUGCCGUGCGGCGUGAGACCAAGAAUCGAUGGGAGCGCCGCGCUCCCUUGACGCCCAGCCACGUUCGCAAACUGGUGCGCAAGGGCAUCCAGGUCCUCAUUCAACCCUCUCCCAUGCGGUCAGUGCACAUGUGGCUUUACGAGGCAGCGGGUGCCAUUGUGACGGAGGAUAUUGCCUCUAGCAACACCAUCCUCGGCGUGAAGGAGGUUCCCAUCCAUCUUCUCGAACCCAACAAAACCUACGUCUGCUUUUCCCACACCAUCAAGGCCCAAGCCGACAACAUGCCCCUGCUUGAUGCCAUUCUGGAGAAGAACAUUCGUCUCAUUGACUACGAGUGCAUUGUCAACGAGGAGGGUCGCCGUGUCAUUGGUUUCGGCCGUUUUGCCGGCGUUGCGGGCAUGAUUGAUCUGAUUCGUGGUCUUGGUGAUCGUAUGCUCGGCCUUGGCGCCUCAAACCCUUUUUUGGGUGGUGGCUACAGUGACUACUAUCACUCGGUGGCUGCUGCCCGCACCGCCCUGCAGCUCGUUGGCCAUACCAUCUUGGUCAACGGCACCCCUGAAGCUUUUGGCCCCGUCAUCUUUGGUUUCACCGGCUCUGGCAAUGUCACCAAGGGUGCUCUUGAGAUUUUUGAAGAAUUGCCCCACGAAUACAUUGACGUGACUGAUCUGAAGGAUGUGGCCAAGAGUGGCGAUCGCAAUUUGGUGUAUGGCGUCAAGCUGGAGCGCGAGCACCUGGUUGAGCUCACCUCCAACCCCAGCGCCCCUUUUGACAAAAACCACUAUGAGAACCACCCCGAACUCUACAACGCUCGCUUCCACCGCGACUAUGCCCAUUACUUGACGGCGCUCGUCAAUUGCAUGUACUGGGAGGAGCGCUUCCCCCGUCUCAUCACUGACGAACAAGCCUUGGAUCUGUACCGCAACCCCGAAAACCGUCUGCUAGCUAUUGCCGAUAUCAGCGCCGAUCCCUACGGCAGCAUUUCCUUCACCCGCGAAUGCACGAAAAUUGACAAGCCGUUUUUGGUGCACAACCCGGAGACCGAUGAACAGGUGUACAGCUGGGAAGCUGAUGGUUUGCUCUUGGGCAGCGUGGACAAUCUGCCCGCUGAAUUGCCCAUGGAGAGCAGCCAGCACUUUGGAGACAUGCUCUUGCCCUUUGUCGAAAGCCUGGCUAUGUCUGAUGCUACCAAACCCUUUGAGCAAAACACCCUGCACCCUUGGCUUGAGCGCGCGACCAUUGCCAGCAAUGGCCGCUUGACUCCCAGCUUUGAAUAUAUUUCCGACCUUCGCCGUGAAAAGGAACAACAGCAGGCCGCCAGCAACCCCAUCCAAGUGUUCUCCCCGAAGCGUGUUCUUCUCUUGGGCAGCGGCCUCGUGGCCGGUAGCUUUGUGGACCACCUGCGAGGUCGCCUCGACGGCAACCUGCAUCUGAGCGUGGCCAGUGCCGAUCCCAAGUGCCCCAUCACCGACGCCGACUGUCAUCACGUGGACCUGGCCUCAUCGGCUGGUACCAAGAAGGUCGGCAGCCUGAUGGCCGAUUCUGACCUCGUUGUCAGCCUUCUUCCUGCCACCCUGCAUGCCAACGUGGCCAAGAUGUGCAUCGACCAUCAAGUCGACAUGCUCACCACCAGCUACGUGUCCCCCGAAAUGGAGUCCCUGCACAACCAGGCUUGCUCGGCCGGCAUUACCAUCCUCAACGAGUGCGGUCUCGACCCGGGCAUCGAUCACUUCUUGGCCGUUGACAUGAUUGAUCGCCUUGAGCAGGAAAACCUCAACAUUACACGCUUUGAGUCGUGGUGCGGUGGCCUUCCCGCGGCGCACUGCGUCUCGCAGACCGACCCCCUCAAGUACAAGUUUAGCUGGUCCCCUCGUGGUGUGCUUGUGGCCGCCGGCAAUGCUGCUCGCUACCGCUGGGACAACGAAGUUUGCCAAGUGAAGCCCGGUCGCCUGUUUGAGGACGUCCGCCCCCUUCGCGUCGGCCAGUUUGAGCUCGAAGGUGUUCCCAACCGUGACUCGCUGCAAUACGAGUCGUUGUACGGCUUUGACCCGGAUCACAUUGAGACAGCCAUCCGCGGCACGCUCCGCUUCCCUGGAUUCUGGAUGGCCAUCAAAUCGCUUGCUCAGGCCGGUCUGCUCUCUGUGGAUGAGCGUGCUCACCCCAAGGACAUCUCUGAGGUUCAGGGCGCAGCAGCUGAGAUGCUCAAGCACUUGAAUAUUUCCAGCGACGACUUCCAGGGACCCACGCCCCUGGAUCGUCUGGCCAACGCUCUUUGGGCCAAGAACCAGUACCAGCAGGAAGAUCAAGACAUGGUUGUCCUCCAGCACAUCUUCGAGGCCCGCAACGCCACCCAAAAGAAGCGCCUUGAGGCGGAGCUUAUUCUUCUCGGUGACAAGGUCCCACAAGGCCUGUCCGCCAUGGCUCGCACCGUGGGUGCUCCCGCCGCCCUGGCUGCUCAGUACCUUCUGGAGAAGAUGCCAGAGGUCGACACGAAGGGUGUCAUGCGCCCCUUGGAUGUCAAGCUGGCUCGCCGCUUCCUCCACGACUUGGAGGGCAUGGGCAUUCGUGCUCGCGAAUACACAACCGUCUCGUCGCUGUGA